CACAGUAAGAUUUUACUAUUGAGGUUCCGGGUUCGAUUCUUCCCUCUUUCCAAUUUCUUUUUUUCUUUCAUCUUCUUCAUCUGCAAAUCUGCAGAAAAAUUCCUUCGAAUUUUACAAUCGUUCACGAUUUGUGUUUUCUGCAGAACAGGCCUUGGUGAUUUGGAAGCUAUUCGCCUGUUUCAUGGAUCCAGAUCCGCCGCCAUCCGCUCCACGAAAGGUCAAGUUUGCUCCUAAAGCACCCGCUCGCAGAACGCCGAAGCCCCCAGCCGCGAAAAUCGUGGCAGAGGAUGACGACGGCGAUGACGAAGCUGCUAGACAGCGUCUCUCUCGUAGAAUCAAUGAGAAUCUCUCCAGGCGAAAUGCGAAAGCAGAAAACAAAUCAUCAGACCAAGUCACGUUUUCGCUUAAUGCCCCAUCGACUAUUUUACGGACAUAUGGGAAACAAUAUCUCAAAAGUGAUUUAGCUGAUCCAGAGACUCUCGACAGUACCAGUGAUGCAGCUAAGACGAAAAAGGAGACUCCUGACGACAUGCAAAAGCUUGUUAGGUCUAUAUCAACUUCAGGACAAGGAUUCAGUGAAAAUUAUGUGGAUUUCUCUAAUAGUGCUCUAGCUGUGAAGACGAAAAGAGAAUAUAAAGAGCCUUGGGAUUACCAUCAUACUUACUACCCUACCACCCUACCUUGGAGGAAGCCUUAUUCUGGAAAUCCUGAAAUUCUUGACAAGGCAGAAUUUGAAGAUGCUCCAGAAUAUGAUGAAAAUACUGACCUAGAUGAUACACCGGGAAUGCUUCUUUUCAAAUUUCCUUCUAAUCUUCCCUUAGACAAUUCCCGGCCACCAAGGAGCUCGAAAGGCAAAGAAAUAGCCGGGAGCUCUGUAACUCAAGAACGUGAGCAUUCCUCUAAGAAAGGCUGUAAGUUGGAGGAGUUGCCUGAGGGUCUCAUGGGGAAAAUGCUGGUGUACAAAAGUGGGGCCGUGAAGUUGAAAUUAGGAGACGUCUUGUAUGAUGUUUCGCCUGGUUCAGACUGUAGUUUUGCUCAAAGUGUUAUGACCAUCAACACCGCAAAUCACGAGUGUUGUGAGUUAGGGGAACUGAGCAAGCGGGCCGUGGUAACUCCUGAUAUUGAUUCAUUGCUGGAUAACGUGAUUGAUCUUGGGUAAAAAGCCUAUAUAGACUACCAAACAAAUUCUAUUCGAGAGAUUGCUGCAAAUAAUUAGGUAACUGACUCCCAUUUGUACUGCAAAUGUUUUGGUGUGUCCUUGGACAAAAUCAAACAACAGUUUCAGAAUGUAAACUGUGGAAAGGGCAGAAAGUUGGCAUUUAACAGUAGAAAAUAUGUGAAGGUCCGACCGACGGUGCAAUUGCAGAUUGUACAUUUUUUGAACAAGUUGCAGAUUGUACAUUUUUUGAACAAGUAGCUAACUCGAACAACUGGAAAUGCUUAGGUUACUUUUUUGGCAUCGAAUUUUCAGUUUUUUGUUUU